CGGGCCGCCGCCGCCGUGACUCAUCGGCCCGCCCGCGUCCCCCGAUCGGGCCAUCUUGGUCGCGGCCGGCGCGGCAGACGGAGCCGCGGAGGAAGCCGGGGAGACCCAGGGCCCAGAACAGUCCAACCCCCUGUGCAGCCCGCGCUGGCCGGGCGAGGUCCGCGAUAAAGGAGCCGCCUCCGGAAUCGGCGUCCGCAGGGCCUGCGCCACCUGCCCGGCGCCCGCUGUGCUCGUCCUCUGGGCUCCGACCGCCCUGCCUUCUUCUUGUUUGCCCUCUUCGGCCACCCUGCGUGUUGCACCCCGCCCUCUCCCCGAUUCCCGUCUGGGCCUACCCCCAUUUUAGCAUCGCAGGGCCUCAGGUUCUGGGCUACGCGUGCCCCCUUCUCCCAGCCCACCGGUCUCGGCCUUUGGCUGCCCUCUGGCCAACAUGGUCCAACCCCAGACAUCAAAAGCUGAAACCCCAGCCUCUGCCGCGUCUACCAAUGCCCAGAUGGAUGACGUCAUCGACACCCUGACCUCCCUGCGCCUCACCAACUCUGCGCUGAGGCGGGAGGCCUCCACCCUGCGGGCAGAGAAGGCCAAUCUCACCAACAUGCUGGAGAGCGUGAUGGCAGAGCUGACCUUGUUACGCACCAGGGCCCGGAUUCCGGGGGCCCUGCAGAUCACCCCGCCCAUCUCGGCCAUUACCUCCAACGGGACCCGACCGAUGACCACGCCUCCCACCUCCCUGCCCGAGCCCUUCUCCGGAGACCCGGGCCAGCUGGCAGGGUUCUUGAUGCAAAUGGACAGGUUCAUGAUCUUCCAGGCCUCCCGCUUCCCGGGCGAGGCCGAGCGCGUGGCGUUCCUCGUGUCCCGGCUGACCGGGGAGGCGGAGAAGUGGGCGAUCCCCCACAUGCAACCCGACAGCCCCUUGCGAAACAACUAUCAGGGAUUCCUGGCAGAGUUGCGGAGAACCUACAAGUCUCCACUGCGGCAUGCGCGGCGCGCCCAAAUCCGGAAGACUUCUGCCUCUAACCGGGCCGUGCGGGAGCGGCAGAUGCUGUGCCGCCAGCUGGCUGCCACGGGCACGGGGCCCUGCCCCGUGCACCCAGCCUCCAACGGGACCAGCCCAGCUCCGGCCCUGCCCACCCGAGCCCGGAACCUUUAAGAAUGGGCCACCACCCUGGUCGCAUCUGCCGCCACGCCGACAGCAUACGCACACCCUUUGCUCCUGUAGAAGAGACGUCCAUACAACGGCAUCGCCCUGGUUUGAAGACCUUCCUCCCUGCCUCUCCCGACCUGUUCCACAAGGAGAUCUUCCUUCCUCACUGUUGGGUGCCCUCUUACCCUCUUGGCUUCCUAGUGACCUGUGCUAGCUUUGUACCUAGAGCGCAUGUGUCCCCUCUCUUGCUUGCAACCCCGGCUCCUCUAGCGACCACGGCUCUGCUACCCGGUCACAGCGACUCCGCAGCCUGCCGCAGACCGUUUGGGCUGACCUCUCCCGGCCUCGCCAGGUUCGCCGAGGCUCCUCCUCUGCCCUCUGCGGGCCCCCCCGUGGCAGCCCCACCCCGGCUGCCCUGUUGGGGGUGACGAGCUCACUGACGCCCGAGGACGGCCGCUUGGGCCGGGCCGGUGCCUUGUUUGGGGGCCCUGGGGAGGGGAGUCUGGCUUCCCACCCCUAGCGAUCACCAGCCCUGGCCGAGUGUUCGCUGCUGGGAGCGUAGUGCCAGCGUUUCUGGGGGGCAGGCUUCACCCUGCGCUCGGACACGUAGUCAGUACGCCCCCCCCCCCCGUCGCCACUGGGAAAGACCGCUCAUGCGGCUAAGGGAGGGGCCCCCAGAGGACGCACGCCAGUAGCGCCUGGCUUCAGCUGCCAGCGUUCCGACAGCGCGGGGAAUCCUGGGGAUCUGGAACUCACCUGCCACAGAAGGUCCUUGUGGCUUUGGAUCGCCGAGCAGUUUCGUCCAGCCACCAGAGACCGCACAUUCACCCACAUCCAUGCCUGAGACCCACGGCCGGCUGAGGGGUGGGUGCCAGGGGCUCACUCCGCCGCCCCGGGCCUCCAGUGGGAAUCCCCGCCGGCUCCCAGCGUGUGCUCGCCCCCCCCCCCUUUGCCCCGUAUCACUUGGUGGCAGCCCUGUCUAGCUUGAGACCUGUUCCCGUCUCCACGCGGGUGACAUGUGGCCUUGGCCUCAGCCCCUUCAGCCACCCACACCGUCCGUAGGUCUCCAAAGCCUGUGUGUGGCAUGCUCCCCCCCCCCCCCAUGCCUGGGCUGUCCAUCGGGUGCCCAGCCUUGGUCUAAGAAAGCGUGGACUCGUAGCUGGAGACCCAGAUCCUCUGGGACGCCUCAUUAAGCACUUCCGGUAGGGGCCCUCGCCUCCGGCAGCCCCGCCAAGGCCUUGGUGGCAUCUGUGAGGGGAAAGAGCUGCGGUCUACCCUGGUCCUAAUGUGGGGACGGUACAGAACUGGCACUCGGGUCCUGAUUCUGAGGGACAAAGCUGUACCUCUCAAGGUGGACGGCCUUUCGCUUCCUCACAGGGGACGCCCCGAAGUCACUUUCUAAAUGAGACUUGGCCAAGCCCUUUGGACCGUGAUGCGCUCGCCAUACUCAAUGCCAAACGAACCGCGUUUACGGGACCGCCGGGACCACGGGGGGGAAGACGGGGUGUCUUGCCCUGGGUCCCUCCGCCCUGUGGUGAACGGUCCUGGCCUGACCACGGAAGGAGAGCCUCAGUGCCCACCCGAAGACCUGGGCGUCGGGAUACCCAGAGGUCGGGUGCUGGGGUCCAUCCUUUCUUCCUAAGAGUUUCGAUGAUGCUGGGGAAGGUGACUGCGUUCUUGAAGCGGCCACUGCCUUGCAAGGUCAAGGAUAUUCAGUGGCUGCUGGGGUCCGUGGACCCCUGCCGCCCACUCGUUGCAAACUCUUGUUAGCCCAAUUGCCCUGCUGAACAACUGCCUGAAAACAGGCUUCAGGCCCCCCUGGAUUCCAGCCACGGCUGUUCAGGUGGGACCAUGGUGCUCUUUAAGCAUGACUGGGGGGAGGACACACAGUGGGGCCACCAUUCUGGGGGGGGUGGGACCUCUGGUGGGGGGUGUACAGAUCACUUUCUCUUUGUGCUCAGUGCCCUACUGUCUGCCUGCUAGGGGGAGGCACCCCUCUGAGGAGGGGGUACGGGCGCCUGGGGGGGGCAAGGCGGCCUGCAGGGGGUAACAGACACCUCCAAGGUUUCCACGUGGCCCAGCUCGGCAAGGGUGGGAGCCCUCGCGCGGGAGCGGGGCGGGACCUGUGCCGUCUCGCCGAGCCCAGGCCCGCCCACGCAGCACGUGGAAGUCCGCCACGCUUGCGACGCCCGGGGCGGGGCCGAGAGCCAGGCUGGCCGCGCGACCCCGGGGGGCGCUGUCGUGCCCGGUUCGGGCUGCUGCCCCAGCUUCCUUUGGUUUGGUGAGUUGGGUUUCACCUGUGGGUGCUUGGCGUCUGCGGGCCGGGGACGGGUGCCAUUGCACAAAUGCGACCUUGACCGCUACCUGCAACUUUGGAAAUGAGUAGACGAGAGGCCCAGGGGGUCGCCCCCCCAUGGGGAGUCCCCACCCCCGUGGCGCUAGCGGAAGAGGGGGAGACCCGAACUCCGUGCAGCCGAGAGCCAGACCACGUGACCGGGAGGGUCAGGCUGGAGAAGGAAGCGGGGGGAGGGGAGCUGCUUUGUACAUACUUGGGGGUUAUAAUUUCUCUAAAUUGCAGAGAACAGGUAUUGGUUUCUAAAAGGGACAGGCAGUUAGUAGUGUUACACAGUGCAUGUGGGGGGACGCUUUAUGUUUUUCAUGGUGUUGACAUUAUUCGAACUAUAUUGUGACUUUUCUGGUCUACACGAUACCCCCUCUGGGGCGUAACGGCAUCGUUUGAGAUGGCAUUUCGAACAAGGGGUGAGUUCCUGGCUGAAUGUAUAGCGCGACCUUGGGAUUAACUUAAUGACCGAAAGCAUUCUGGUGAUGUCUGGGUAAAAGCAAAGACCCGUUUCAGGGGCGCCAGGUAAGUAUAUGAUGAGUAAGCAAUGACGGGGGUGCAAAAAGCCCCGAGAAGGCGCUGGCAAGACUUUCCCGGUGCACAGGCCCCUGCCGUCAAGGG